AUGGUGAGAUAUUUUGGCAAGUUAUUUUUCGCCCCAAUUUGGAUGUCGCCGAGCACAGAGUCCAUGUCUCAGCCGUCAAAAUCAGUUCUUGAAACCUUCAAUCUCCAUGGGACUCCCACUCCCUUGGAAGGCGGCAGAGGGCUUUGCUUUCAGGUCGAUGACACUGUCCUAAAGCCAUCAGAGGACUACGAAGAAUCUCAGUUCAUCGCCGAGGUCAUCAACAAGCUCCAUUCUAUACGCCCCCCCACGACCUACCGUGUACCCCUCCCGUGCCCCGCGGGGUUAGACAAGACUGUAUAUGUCCAAGAUAGCUGGACAGCCUGGAGCCUUCUACCUGGCGGUCAUGCUCACGGAAUUGAUCGCUAUCCCCUUGUGUUCGAACUGGCGCGCAGGUUCCACUCUGAUCUCGCAUUGCUCAGUCUCGCUAGGCCGUCCUUUCUAGACAGGCUAUCCGACCGUUUUCAUGAGUCUGAUAGGCUAGCCUGGGACGAGAAGUCAAUCUCCUCCGUCCCAGGCCUUAACCGUCAUGUGCUUUCACUUAUACAACAGCCAUUAGACGAGCUGAAUAAGCUGAAAAGGCCGCUCCAGAUUACUCCACCGUCACAGAUCAUCCAUGCAGAUCUGGCAGGCAAUAUCCUCUAUGCUGACCUGCCUGGGAUCAUCGAUAUGACUUUCUUCUGGCGGCCGGCAGCAUAUGGUGAAGCAAUUAUCGCCGCCGACGCAUUGAUUUGGAGCGCCCAAGGCCGAGAGCUGGUCGUUGAUCUGUAUGGCGGACUCGAUGGAACCAGAAUUCAGCUUCUGAUGUGUGGCUUUUGCGAUCGAUUCAGAUAUGCAGUUUAUUAA